AUGGAUUACUCUUUCUAUGAUCCCCGAUCACAGCCCUCCAGCUUUUCGCUCUACGGGCUGCCUACCCCCGACCAACCCCAUGCCCAACCAGAUACAUUCGCCGCUCUGAACCUCCCUGGCUUUGACCCCUCAUUCCCUGUUGACCCCUCCUUUGUCCCGCCGCCGCAUUCACCGCCAGAAUCGGUCAAGCAGUCUGCUUCCAGCGAUGCUACCAACAAUCAGUAUACACGCCCCACCUCAUUCGACGGCGAUGAGAAUCAAUUGGCCGAUCCAACCUUAGGGAGGAGUACGAGCGAGGAAAAGGAAUCAGCGCCCGCGCAAAGCAAGCGCAAGGCACAAAACCGAGCAGCUCAACGAGCAUUUCGGGAGCGCAAGGAGCAGCACGUCCGCGACCUCGAAGACAAAGUAAACAACCUCGAACAAGCAUCCAACACUUUACAAGCCGACAACGAGCGCCUCAAGCGCGAGCUGGCCAGGUACACAACCGAGAAUGAAAUCCUGCGUGCGACAUCACAACACGCCAACCGCGGACAUAUCAGCACAAACGAGAACCCAGAGCCAACAACCGUCACGGGCCCAAUGAAGUUCUCUCCCACAGACUUUCAUACCACCUUCAUGCCCGACGGCCCCGGCACUCCUCGAAGUCCGCAACACCGUCUCACCAUGUGCCCGAUCACCGGCGAGAAGCUGCUAGAUGCGGGCGCUACGUGGGACCUUAUUCAGAAGCAUGAGCUGUUUGAGCGCGGCCAGCUUGAUAUCGGUGAUGUUACGGAGCGUUUGAAGGGUAUGUCGCAGUGUGAUGGUCAAGGCCCUGCUUUUAAAGAGGGCCAGGUGCGUCAGGCUAUUGAGGAGAGUGCCGCUGCUGGUCGUGACGAGUUGAUCUGA